CAGUCACAGCAGCAAGCAGCCAGCAGACAUGACUUCAGGCUCUCAGCAAACAAGAAACAGAAGGCAGCUCUGAGCGCACAGCUGAGAGAGAGGACAUGGGACAUAGGGAAAGCCUAGCUGAGGUGCUGAGUGAUUUUCUGAAUGGUCUUUCUGCUCUUUCUAUCUUGCCUGAUUUUCUCCUGCCUGACCUGGUUAAAAGUCUGGGGGAAAAUGACAGAACCCAAGCCCGUGACCAACAGUGGGUUAGAUGUGAGCUUCGGCAUGGACCAGGAGACCUCUGGAGCCUCAGACAGUUCCGAAGAGCCAUUGCAAAUGAAUGGCGGCCACGACAGCUCUCUUCUGGACACUCCUAACCAGGCAGAGCCAGCCUCCCACAAAGACCUCAGAAAUGCCUGCCCACAGAGAAACUCCCUGCCGUCCUCACACCAGAAGCCCCCAAGAAACCCUGUGACUUCCAGUGACACAUGGCCUUCCCAGGAAUGUCAAACCAAUGGGACAGGCGCCCCCGGCCCAGAGACCCCGGGUACCAGCUACCUGUCCUCCACAGCCAGGCCCCAGGGCCAGCAAGCCUCAUCCCCCUCUAGAGCCAACAAGAGGCAGGCACACAUAAGGAGACAGAUGAUGACCAACUUCAUUGUGGGCUCCUUUGAUGACAACUCCUCUGAUGAAGACCAUGGUGCUGGCUUGUUUCGAGAGUCUUCCCGGAGAGGCAGCCGGGCCAGUGUGGGCCACCUGUCCCCAGAGGCAGCUGUGAUUUCAGGGGAACCUGACAUCCACACCCCAACUAUGAGACCAAGCAUGUCUGGGCUCCACCUGGUGAAGAGGGGCCGAGAGCACAAGAAGCUGGACCUGCACAGAGACUUCACCGUGGCUUCCCCAGCUGAGUUUGUCACACGCUUUGGUGGGGAUCGGGUCAUCGAAAAGGUGCUCAUUGCCAACAAUGGGAUUGCCGCUGUGAAGUGUAUGCGCUCCAUCCGCAGGUGGGCCUACGAGAUGUUCCGCAACGAGCGCGCCAUCCGGUUUGUAGUCAUGGUGACCCCUGAGGACCUCAAGGCCAAUGCAGAGUACAUCAAGAUGGCAGAUCAGUACGUCCCCGUCCCUGGAGGGCCCAACAACAACAACUACGCCAAUGUGGAGCUGAUCGUGGACAUCGCCAAGAGAAUCCCCGUGCAGGCAGUAUGGGCUGGUUGGGGCCACGCUUCCGAGAACCCCAAGCUUCCAGAGCUGCUGUGCAAGCACGGAAUUGCUUUCUUAGGACCGCCCAGCGAGGCCAUGUGGGCCUUGGGAGACAAGAUCGCCUCCACCAUUGUGGCUCAGACGCUGGACAUUCCAACCCUACCCUGGAGCGGAAGUGAGACUGAGCGGCCCUGCUGCCCACAGGUGCAGAGUGAGGUCCCAGGCUCGCCCGUCUUCCUCAUGAAGCUGGCCCAGCAUGCCCGGCACCUGGAGGUCCAGGUCCUGGCUGACCAGUACGGCAAUGCCGUGUCACUGUUCGGGCGGGACUGCUCCAUCCAGCGGCGGCACCAGAAGAUCAUCGAGGAGGCCCCGGCCACCAUCGCGACACCAGCUGUGUUUGAGUUCAUGGAGCAGUGCGCUGUCCGCCUGGCCAAGACCGUGGGCUAUGUGAGUGCAGGGACAGUCGAAUACCUCUACAGCCAGGACGGCAGCUUCCACUUCCUGGAGCUGAAUCCCCGCCUGCAGGUGGAGCAUCCUUGUACAGAAAUGAUUGCGGACGUCAACCUGCCAGCUGCCCAGCUCCAGAUUGCCAUGGGUGUGCCGCUGCACAGGUUGAAGGACAUCCGGCUUCUGUAUGGCGAGUCUCCAUGGGGGGUGACACCCAUUGUUUUUGAAGCCCCUUCAAGCCCUCCCCUCGCCCGUGGCCACGUCAUUGCCGCCAGAAUCACCAGUGAAAAUCCAGAUGAGGGGUUUAAGCCAAGCUCCGGGACAGUCCAGGAACUGAAUUUCCGUAGCAGCAAGAACGUAUGGGGUUACUUCAGCGUCGCCGCCACAGGAGGCUUACAUGAGUUUGCUGAUUCCCAGUUUGGGCACUGCUUCUCGUGGGGCGAGAACCGGGAGGAGGCCAUUUCGAACAUGGUGGUGGCUUUGAAGGAACUGUCCAUCCGGGGUGACUUCCGGACCACUGUGGAAUAUCUCAUUAACCUCCUCGAGACCGAGAGCUUCCAGAACAAUGACAUUGACACCGGCUGGCUGGACUACCUCAUCGCCCAGAAAGUGCAGGCGGAGAAGCCGGACAUCAUGCUCGGGGUGGUGUGCGGGGCCUUGAACGUGGCAGAUGUGAUGUUCAGAACGUGCAUGACGGAUUUCUUGCACUCUCUGGAAAGGGGCCAGGUCCUCCCAGCGGAUUCUCUGCUGAACACCGUGGAUGUGGAGUUGAUUUACGGAGGUGUCAAGUACAUCCUCAAGGUGGCCCGGCAGUCUCUGACCAUGUUCAUCCUCAUCAUGAAUGGCAGCUACAUUGAGAUUGAUGCCCACCAGCUGAACGAUGGGGGGUUGCUGCUGUCGUACAAUGGCAGCAGCUAUACCACGUACAUGAAGGAAGAGGUGGACAGUUACCGAAUCACCAUUGGCAACAAGACGUGCGUGUUUGAGAAGGAGAACGAUCCUACGGUCCUGAGGUCCUCAUCGGCUGGGAAGCUGAUCCAAUACACAGUGGAGGAUGGGGGCCACGUUGAAGCAGGGAGCAGCUACGCUGAGAUAGAGGUGAUGAAGAUGAUCAUGGCGCUGAGUGUGCAGGAGAGCGGCGUGGUGAAGUAUGUCAAGCGUCCGGGAGCUGUGCUGGAAGCCGGCUGCGUGGUGGCCAGGCUGGAGCUUGAUGACCCUUCAAAAGUGCACCCGGCCGAGCCCUUCAUGGGGGUGCUCCCUGCCCAGCAGACCCUUCCCAUCCUCGGAGAAAAGCUACACCAAGUCUUCCACAGUGUGCUGGACAACCUGACCAAUGUCAUGAGUGGCUACUGCCUGCCGGAGCCUUUCUUUAGCAGAAAGCUGAAAGAGUGGGUGCAGAAGCUCAUGACGACUCUCCGACACCCAUCGCUGCCACUGCUGGAGCUGCAGGAGAUCAUGACCAGCGUGGCAGGCCGCAUCCCUGUCCCUGUGGAGAAGGCGGUCCGCAGAGUGAUGGCCCAGUAUGCCAGCAACAUCACCUCGGUCCUCUGCCAGUUCCCCAGCCAGCAGAUCGCCACCAUCCUGGACUGCCAUGCAGCCACUCUGCAGCGCAAGGCCGACCGCGAGGUCUUCUUCAUGAAUACCCAGAGCAUUGUACAGUUGGUCCAGAGGUACCGCAGCGGGACCCGAGGCUAUUUGAAAGCCGUGGUGUUGGAUCUCCUGCGAAGAUAUUUGCAGGUGGAGCACCAUUUCCAACAAGCGCACUUUGACAAGUGUGUGAUCAACCUCAGGGAGCAGUUCAAGCCCGACAUGUCGCACGUGCUGGACUGCAUCUUCUCGCAUGCGCAGGUGGCCAAGAAGAACCAGCUGGUGAUCAUGCUGAUUGAUGAGCUCUGUGGCCCGGAUCCUUCCCUGUCAGAGGAGCUGACCUCCAUCCUCAAUGAGCUCACCCAGCUGAGCAAGAGUGAACACUGCAAAGUGGCCCUCAGAGCCAGACAGGUCCUGAUCGCCUCCCACCUCCCCUCCUAUGAGCUGAGGCACAACCAGGUGGAGUCCAUCUUCCUGUCUGCCAUCGACAUGUACGGCCACCAGUUCUGCCCGGAAAACCUCAAGAAAUUAAUACUUUCAGAAACCACCAUAUUUGACGUGCUGCCCACUUUCUUCUACCAUGCUAACAAGGUCGUCUGCAUGGCAUCCCUGGAGGUUUACGUGCGGAGGGGCUACAUCGCCUAUGAGCUGAACAGCCUGCAGCACCGGGAGCUCCCAGAUGGCACCUGCGUGGUUGAGUUCCAGUUCAUGCUGCCCUCUUCCCAUCCAAACCGGAUGACAGUGCCCGUCAGUGUCACCAACCCUGACCUGCUGAGGCACAGCACGGAGCUCUUCAUGGACAGCGGCUUCUCCCCACUGUGCCAGCGGAUGGGGGCCAUGGUCGCCUUCAGGAGAUUUGAAGACUUCACCAGGAACUUUGAUGAAGUCAUCUCCUGCUUUGCCAAUGUGCCCAAGGACAUGCCAGUCUUCAGCAAGGCCUGCACCACCCUGUACUCUGACGAGGACAAGCACCUCCGAGAGGAGCCCAUCCACAUCCUGAACGUAGCUAUCCAGUGUGCAGACCACCUGGAGGACGAGGCACUGGUGCCAAUUUUCCGGACAUUUGUACAAUCCAAGAAAAAUAUUCUUGUGGAUUAUGGACUCCGAAGAAUCACAUUCCUGAUUGCGCAAGAGAAAGAAUUUCCCAAGUUUUUCACAUUCAGAGCAAGAGAUGAGUUUGCAGAAGAUCGCAUUUACCGUCACUUGGAGCCUGCCCUGGCCUUCCAGCUGGAGCUCAGCCGGAUGCGCAACUUUGACCUGACUGCUGUGCCCUGUGCCAACCACAAGAUGCACCUUUACCUGGGUGCCACCAAGGUGCACGAAGGGGUGGAAGUGACAGACCACAGGUUCUUCAUCCGUGCCAUCAUCAGGCACUCAGACCUGAUUACAAAGGAAGCUUCCUUUGAGUACCUUCAGAAUGAGGGUGAGCGGCUACUCCUGGAGGCCAUGGAUGAGCUGGAGGUGGCGUUCAACAACACGAACGUGCGCACAGACUGCAACCAUAUCUUCCUCAACUUUGUGCCCACUGUCAUCAUGGACCCCUCCAAGAUUGAGGAGUCUGUGCGCUCCAUGGUUAUGCGCUAUGGCAGCCGGUUGUGGAAACUCCGUGUGCUCCAGGCCGAGGUCAAGAUCAACAUACGGCCAACCACCACUGGCAGUGCCGUACCCAUCCGCCUGUUUAUCACAAAUGAGUCGGGCUACUACCUGGACAUCAGCCUCUACAAAGAAGUGACUGACCCUAGAUCUGGAAACAUCAUGUUUCACUCCUUUGGCGACAAGCAAGGAAGCCUGCAUGGGAUGCUGAUCAACACGCCCUAUGUCACCAAGGAUCUGCUUCAGGCCAAACGAUUUCAGGCGCAGUCCCUGGGCACCACCUAUGUGUACGACUUCCCGGAAAUGUUCAGGCAGGCUCUGUUUAAACUGUGGGGCUGCCCGGACAAAUACCCCAAAGACAUCCUGACGUACACGGAACUGGUGCUGGACUCGCAAGACCAGCUGGUGGAGAUGAAUCGGCUUCCUGGCAGCAACAAGGUGGGCAUGGUGGCUUUCAAAAUGACGUUCAAGACCCCAGAGUAUCCAGAAGGGCGGGACGUGAUCGUCAUCAGCAAUGACAUCACCUUCCGCAUCGGAUCCUUCGGCGUGCCGGAGGACAUGGUGUACCUGCGGGCGUCAGAGCUGGCCCGGGCACAGGGCAUCCCCAAAAUCUACCUGGCAGCCAACAGUGGGGCUCGAAUUGGCCUGGCAGAUGAAAUCAAACCCAUGUUCCAGGUGGCCUGGGUGGACCCAAAGGACCCGCAGAAAGGAUUUAAAUACCUGUACCUGACUCCCCAAGACUACACCAGAAUCAGCUCCCUGAACUCUGUCCACUGCAAACACAUUGAAGAAGGAGGAGAAUCCAGGUACGUCAUCAUAGACAUCAUUGGGAAAGAGGACGGACUGGGUGUGGAGAACGUCAGGGGCUCGGGCACGAUUGCCAGGGAGUCCUCCUUGGCGUACGAUGAGAUAGUCACCAUCAGCAUGGUGACCUGCCGCUCCCUAGGCAUUGGGGCCUAUCUGGUGAGGCUGGGCCAGCGGGUGAUCCAGGUGGAAAACUCCCACAUCAUCCUCACGGGAGCACGUGCUCUGAACAAGGUCUUGGGAAGAGAGGUCUACACAUCCAACAAUCAGCUAGGUGGUGUGCAGAUCAUGCACUACAACGGCGUCACCCAUGUCACUGUCCCGGACGACUUUGAGGGAGUGUACACCAUCCUGGAGUGGCUGUCCUAUAUGCCAAAGGAUAUUCACAGCCCACUCCCCAUCAUCACACCCACUGACCCUGUUGACCGAGAAGUUGAGUUUUUUCCCUCCAGAGCUCCCUAUGACCCCCGGUGGAUGCUUUCAGGAAGACCUCACCCAACUCUGAAGGGAGCCUGGCAAAGCGGAUUCUUCGACCAGGGCAGUUUCAAGGAAAUCAUGGCACCCUGGGCCCCGACCGUGGUGGUAGGACGAGCCAGGCUGGGGGGCAUUCCUGUGGGCGUGAUUGCCACGGAAACUCGGACCGUGGAGGUGGCGAUCCCUGCUGACCCUGCGAACCUGGAUUCUGAGGCCAAGAUAAUCCAGCAGGCAGGCCAGGUGUGGUUCCCCGACUCAGCCUACAAGACGGCCCAGGCCAUCAAGGACUUCAACCGGGAGAAGCUGCCCCUGAUGAUCUUUGCCAACUGGCGGGGGUUCUCUGGGGGCAUGAAAGACAUGUAUGACCAGGUGCUGAAAUUUGGGUCCUACAUCGUGGACGGCCUCCGGCAGUACAAGCAGCCCAUCCUGAUCUACCUCCCACCCUAUGCAGAGCUCCGUGGGGGGUCUUGGGUGGUCCUGGACACCACCAUCAACCCCCUGUGCAUAGAGAUGUAUGCAGACAAAGAGAGCAGGGGCGGUGUGCUGGAGCCGGAGGGAACGGUGGAGAUUAAGUUCCGAAAGAAGGAGCUGGUAAAGACCCUGAGAAGGAUCGACCCCGCAGCCAAGAAUCUCGUGGAACAGCUUGGGAUGUCCCAACUGUCAGACAAAGAUCGCAAGGACCUGGAGGCCCAGCUGAAGGCCCGCGAGGAGCUGCUCCUCCCCAUCUACCACCAGGUGGCGGUGCAGUUUGCCGAGCUGCACGACACGCCCGGCCGGAUGCUGGAGAAGGGCACCAUCUGUGAUGUGCUGGAGUGGAGGACAUCACGUACCUUCCUGUACUGGCGUCUGCGCCGGCUCCUCCUGGAGGAUCUGGUGAAGCGGGAGAUCCUCCGGGCCAGCGGCGAGCUGAGCCACGAGCACCUGCAGUCCAUGCUGCGCCGCUGGUUCGUGGAGACCGAGGGCGCCGUGAAGGCCUACCUGUGGGACAAUAACCAAGUGGUGGUGCAGUGGCUGGAGCAGCAGUGGCAGGGGGGUGACAGCCAGCACUCGGCCAUUUGGGAGAACAUCAAGUACUUGAAGCGCGAUGCGGUCCUCAAGACCAUCCGCGGUCUGGUCCAGGAAAACCCAGAUGUGGCCAUGGACUGCACCGUGUACCUGAGCCAGCUCAUUAGCCCAGCUGAGCGGGCCCAGGUGGUUCAGCUGCUGUCCACCAUGGACAGCCCGGCCUCCACCUGAGUUGCACCCAGCUGUUCCCAGGUCCACGAGCAAGAGAAGCCACAUGACCCACUGACCCACCACAGACCCCCACCAGAUCUUGGGACUUACUUUAAAACAACAACAACACACUAGUCCUGGGCAACCACUCCACUGUGCGUGGAGCUACUGGUCCCCAGCCAACUCCUUGUCAAUAAAAGACUCAAAGUGCCCCUGUCAAGCAGGAGUCAACUCCCUGCCACUCUGAGAAGUUCUAUUUAUCUCUUCAGACAGUGUUCUAGCUGUACCAGUGAAUCAAACUGAACCAGACCAGCCUGAAAUCCUUGCGCUCUUCAGUGCCUAGUGUAGGGUCCAGGUGGUUGUUAGCUGGUUUUAUGUUAUGUUUUAGAAUCUUUUAUGUUUUAUUCCAAGACCAGCACUUGAUUUAAGCGUGUUGUCUAUUUUAGCAGAACAAACAAGGAAAAACCACAGACCAGACUAGAGAAAACCUAUUUUUGUACGAGGCUAGCUUCAAUACUGCCUAAUCACCUAAAUUGUUUUUAAGAGACUAAGUUGGUAGUUUAUACUCCAAGCGACCCUAGUGAGGCACACAGACCAUCCUAUUGUUGGGUUGUGCCUCUUCCUCACUAGCAAAUUCUCCAUUUGGGAAAGAAAGGAAGCAAAAUGAAGAGAUGCCACAGAGCAGGGCAUUUGCAUGGGUCUCUCAUGGCUCCCAGUGCCUGGCCAGUGUCUGUCCUCUAAGGAGAACAAGGAUCGGCACCCAGCCAGGCUGCACUUGGUGCCUGUAUGAGUUGGGGGUGCAGACAUAGAGGAAGGCUUCCCAGACCUGCAGCCCAGCAGUGGCCCCUGGCUUCCCCUUGGAGGGCCUCCUGAGUCCCUCUCGCUUCCUUACUUAUUGCCUUGGUGGGAUCCAGCACCGAGGGAUGUUGCCAUGGUGACCAGGACUGGACCGUAAAGCCCACAGUGAUGUGCUCAGGGAGGACUUUGCAAUACACCCCCUUUACUUGGUAAUAUACGGUAUCCAAGGCCUCAGACACUUUGGUCCCUCCCAUCUUGUCCAUGAUGGGGUCCUGGGGUGUUGGCACCACCCAGCGAAUGAGGACACUGAUCAUUAUCCCAGACAGAAAGGGACACUGACAAGGCUGCCCAGAGAAGCCUCCACGAGCCAGGAUGCUUGAGGAUGUCCAGUUGCCAGUGGCCGGUGACAGUUCUGGCAAAUGAUGGUGGAGCGAGAGAAAGCUGAAUUCUCCUGUGCCCCACCCAGGGCCUGGGAUGGAUGGAGACUGAUGCUGCUUUGGAAAGGAAGCAUUCCUUUCAGGAAGGUCCUCUUGGCUUUGGAAGAAAAACAAGGCCACAAAGAGUUACUCCCCUGGAAUGGUGGGCAGAAAGCCUGCCAGGAAAUGUGUGGAAUAAACUAUUUUUGAAGGAAGUGCUUUGGUUUUUAAUUCAUUGUGUG